GCGGUAUUUUGUUUCAUGCACUCUAAACCACUAUGCUCUAAACUAGCCUCAUUUAUCUAUACCUUAUGGAUCAUAAUGCACUUGCAGUUGCAUUAUGAACAUGUUUUCCCACCGAACUAUGCUAGAACAAUGCUAACAUAUUGACCAUUCCCUGUUGAGACCCAUCAAUGAAUUACUUAAGUAAUUUAUAUUCAGUUAUUCAUAUUUACAUUCUGCCCCAGAUAAUAUGUAAACAGGGCACAAAGGAGAUCUAAAGGAAUUAAGAAAAUAAGUAAACAGGGUUAAUGAUGAGAUAUGGAUAUUUCUUAAAAUGAGGCAGUUUAACUUAAUUAGAUCUGAGAAGAGUAUACUUUCUACCGAUUUGUCAUGCUGUUGCUACUUCCAAUUUUUUGAACAGGUGAGGUAUAAACGGUGGCUGUGGUGGACUAGAUUUGGUAUGGCCGUUGGUGCGUUGCAGCUGGUUGGCGCAAUGUAUCUCAUGUUUGUCAUUGUGAGAGAUCUUCCUAACGGAAGAAGAUCCACUUCCUGUUUCUUUGGACAGGAUGAUGCUGGCCAGGUGUCCGGGCGAGCACUAAUUGCUCUGUUUCUUAUCCUAUCCUGGGUUGUGGUCAUCGUUCAGUGCUGCACGGGUUCUGAUGUAUUGAGAUGGCGAUCAUUCUAUGCGACACAUGAUAUGGCAUGGAAAGCUCACUACAGGGAAGUGUUUGAUCAUGGAAUCCGUGAGGCUUUGUGCUGCCUAGGACGUGCAAAAUAUCUAACCGUAUUGGAAGAAGAUGAGGUCUAUUCUGUGGCAAGACUUCUGGGUGAUUUGGUUGCAUAUCGUGCUUCUGGGACUGGUCAUUUGGAACUGUUAGCAGGUUGCCUCUUUGUUUCAAUCGUUUCAUAUCAACUAUAUGUUUGGUGGCCUGUCUGGAUGUUCUUAUCACUUAUACUUUCACCUAACCCGCAUUAAUCUUCUGAAACUUUGCUAUGCGCCUGCCCAAAGAUGUGCAUAGCUAUUUUAGUGCUUUGUAUACAAUAAAGAAUGAAUAAACUCUACUGGGUACCACACCAUACUCCAACUUAUACUUCGUAUUUAUUAUGCAAACUGUCCAGUGACUUCCACCUGAGAAACACGACUCCUGUAGAAAACUAAUAACUUAAAUAUUUCUAUUUGCUAUCCUUUGACACAGAAAACCUGAGGGGAAAUGUUUCUUAUACUCAGCUAAUAAAAAUGUAAGACUGGAACUGUUGUAUUUCAGACGCUGGUGGGUUACUUACCACUUCAUUUGCCAAACCAUCAAAAAGAAAUAGACUAAAUGACUUGACUGUCCAUAAGCUUUGAUGCACAUCUAAUGUGGCACACAUAAUUGUAAGGGUACAUUGCUCCUAUGUGUAUUUUUGGUAAUUAAUGACAAUCCGUAUGAAAUAAUGUUUUUAUUUAGUUUAUAUGAAGGGGUAUUCCAUAGAUAAUCCUUGUAGUCCAUGUAUUGGAUUCAAGUCUAGAUGACAUGAAGCUAAUGAUAUACCUUGAGUAUUGGCAUCAAGAGUCAAGACCAUCUAAUUAAAAAUAAGAAUGUAACAUGAUUAAGAAGAAUAAAUAAAGAGCAUGAAGAUAUACAAGUUUGACCAAGACUAAGAGAAAAGAUUGGAUACAAGUUGGUAAUUAACACAUGAAGCAUAAAGAAUGUACCACAUGGGAUCUUUUGGUAUGGUAAGCUUGUCAAAUAUGCUUCAUGAACUAACCCAUCACAUAUGUGUAUUUUUUGUUUUCUGUAUGGGUUAUGUAUCUUACAUUGCGCAUGCAUCAAAAGCAAGAUCUUAUAUAGCCCAUGAGAGGAUGACAUCAAGUGGUGAUCGAUCGUCAUCAAGGUUUAGAAGGGCAAGUUUAAGAUGAGCAUAUCGAGAAUAUCAUGCUAUCCAUUUGGUGAUAAUGGACUUGUUAAGAUGUGCAUUAAUGAAGCUAUCCCAUAGUGGUGCAUGGGAGAGAUAAUUGCGAGUCUUCAUGUAGCAACAAUGAUUAAGUUGUGCAU